CUUCUAGUGAUCGUCCUCCUGAUCAACGCCAUCGCCAUCCUGUCCGAAGACCGUUUCCUGGCGCGCAUCGGCUUUUCUGCAAAAUCUCACGACCCUGCCUUUGGGCAGUCAGGGCCCGACCAGAGCGUCAAGGGGAAGAUAAUCAGCCUGAUAGCAAGCGUGCGGAUGAUUAUGAGAGUACCCCUGAUCAUCUUCAACACUUUGAUAAUAGUCUACGAGCUUAUCCUCGGAUAG